AUGGCACAACCAAAAGGAUCUGUUGAUGCUAAUAAUCCAAAUCAUGUGUGCAAACUGCACAAGUCAUUAUAUGGUCUCAAACAAGCUCCGUGUGCUUGCUGGAAUAAUUUGUAUCUCAUUGUAUAUGUAUAUGACUUAAUAGUUAUAGGCAAUAAUUUGAAGGCCAUUGACAGGUUCAUUGCAAAGCUUGGAACCGGAUUUUCAAUUAAAGAUCUUGGUUCUCUUGCUUAUUUUCUUGGUAUUCAGGCUACUCGUACAUCUACUGGUUUGUUUCUGUCGCAAAGGAAAUAUAUUGAAGAUAUUGUACAAAAGGCUUCUAUGGUAGGUGCAAAUCCAGUUGCUACACCUCUGGCAGCCACUAACUCAUUGCAGCCUGACGAUAGUGCACCAAUAAGUGAUCCACAUGAUUACAGGAUGCUUGUUGGUUCCUUGCAAUACUUAGCAUUAACUAGACCAGACAUCGCCUUUUCCACCACGCGUCUUGCUCAAUUCUCUCAUCGUCCUACUGUCAAGCAUUGA